CUAAGUGUGUAGAUAACGGCACAUAGGUACCACGCGUUGGCUUGCGUUCAACUUUAAAUUGUAAGGCUCGGAGUUAAAAUAAAAAUUUCGCUCACAGUUGAAGACAACUUUUCUAGUGCAGAGUGUGUGUUGGGCAUUUGCGCUGCAGAGACGAUGUCAGAGCAAAUGGAUCUCGUGUGCUGCCUAUUUUUGCUGUUUUCAAUUGCCAACGGCCUCGAAAUAUCAGGGACAACAGCAAAUGUGGACAGGGAGCUAAUCUUCGACAUUACAGAUACACAGCUGGAUGUUCACCCACCAAGUAACCUCCAGCCUCAGGCAGGAGCUACGCACCUCUCAGACACACCCGAUCAGCAACAGCUUGCCACCAGAUCAGCACUCCAGGCAGUGGGAACUUUCGCGAAAACCUUGUCGAGAAAAUUGACAGGUUUUCCCAGGAAGGGGAAGCGUUCAAAAAGCCGCGGCGGUAGCUUUGUAUCCCGCAGCGGUAGCUUUGUAUCUAGUGCUUCAUUCGGUCGGCAAGAUUCGUCGAGGGAUGUUGGCUCGUCUUCGCGUAGAAAUGGGGCAGUUUGGAGACCACCGAAACACGAGUUGUCUCAUAGCGAAAAAUACGGUCCGCCGGGUGGCUACAACAAACAGAUGGUGCAUUACGAUAAGAAUGAUAUUCCGUCACCCCGGACCCAGAGGCAAUUGGAGAAAGGACCUUCGGAAGAGGAAUUAAGGAAGCGGUUCGGACCGGAGGGUGGUUAUCCAAGACCAAUGGUCCAAGGACCUUCGGAAGAGGAAUUAAGGAGGCGGUUCGGAACGGAGGGUGGUUAUCCAAGACCAAUGGUCAAAUACGACGAAACGGGAAGCAAAUAAAUCGGUGCAUUACUGUCGUGCACAGGAAAAACGCCGUAUGAGUCUUUAGACGUUGCCAGAUUUACUUCAAUAAAAACCGAAUUUCCUUGGAACAUCGGAGCAUUUUCCCUCAAAAUUCUCGGAUAAUUUCGUCCGCAAUCUUAUCUAAAACAUCGAAAAAUUUCGAGGAGAAACAUGAAUGACUUUCCUCAAAAAGGCAUGUUAUUUGGAGAAAUUUGGCAACCCUCGAAUGUUCAUACGGCGUCCUUCCUUAGCACGGUAGAUCAGGAGAUGCUUUGUUUAGGGAUGUCGAUACUUGAGGAAGUGUAGAUGCCUGUCAUGCCGUGCUAAGGAAAAACGCGGUAUGAGCCUUCAGACGUUGCAGAGUUUCCCCUUAAAAAUCACUAAUUUUCAGGAAAAUUUUUGAAUGUUUAUCUGCCAGAUA